AUGCUAAGCCAGCUGCUUGAUGAUGCCUUGCUGGGGUAUGAAGCGGCCCAUGAAGUGGUGCAGAAGGUUUCAAGGCCCCAUGCAUGGCCACAGCACCAUCUAGAUGUGGUGAUUCAGAUAUUGUGGGGGCUCCAGGAGAAUGCCCCUCAGUUGUACAGGCUGGUGCUGUUUGUGGCGAUGAUUAAGCCCACCACUGUCAACUGCGAGCGGGUGUUUUUGAUGCACAUGGUCCUGAAGAUGGAUCUGCACACCAGGCUAUCGGUCACUAGCCUGGAUCAGAGCCUGUUCAUUAAGCUCAAUACCUCUGGUAGCAUGAUGAAGGAGUGCGAGGCUCUUGCAAAGGCAGUGAUUGUGUACUGUAGCGGCACCAAGAUGCACCUCUACCAGUCCAUUGCGGCACACAGGUGUCGUGCAUGUCGGUGCACUGAGGAGGCUAGGAACGGAGGUUGCCACUGA